AUGAGUGACACUAAAGAUCCAAACCAGUUGACUGUUUCCGAAAGGUUUCAACUUGCGCGAGGAAGAUAUGAAGAUUUGGACAACAAUAGUACCGCCACAGCUCGGCAAGAUUCGCUUGAGUAUCAGCAACGUCUACAAGAUCUCAUUACUGAAUUUGAAUUAAUUUUACAGAUUGUCCAGUCUCUUGCAUUAUUUAGUGAUAAUGAACGACUACUGGAACUCACAACGUCAUAUAUUCCUUACUUGAACCUAUGGUUUUAUUUGGCUCAGUUGUAUUCUAAACUUCAACUAAAGCAGGGCAAAAUAUCCCUCGAUUUCAAGCUGGAUUAUUUAAAGAUAGCCAAACUGUAUGCUAUUGAAUUUUUAACCAAUUUACAGAAUUAUGGCAUUUUGGAUCAUGAUCAAGCACAAAGGUUGAAACUUAUUGAUAAAGGUGAGGAGAUCAUCAUGUCACCACAAGUGAAAAGACAAGAAAAGAUUGAUAAUUACAAAAAGGAGCAGCAAUUGCAUCAUCAGUUGGCGGUAUUGACCGACUUGAAGCAUGAUUUGAAUGAAAGGUUUGAAGAUGAAACAUUAAAGGCAAUUUAUAUUGAUCAAUUGAAAUUUCACAUUUUAAAAGCAUUUGAUUCAAUUGGAUUAAUAACAAUGGAGUCAGAAGUACUUUCAAAUAGACCUCCUCCAGGAACGAUAGACUCGCACAAUGCCCAUGCAGAUAAAAACGAUGGCAGAAUAGCCAAUUACCCCACCGAUCUGACAGAUCUGACACCAGAUGUGACUGGAUUCACCACGAAAAUUGAGCCACGUCCAACUAAACAAAUUUCUGACUUGAUUUCUAAACAAGGUAAAGUCCUUCAACCAUUUACUAUAACAACCAAAUCGCAAUUGCGUAAUCGUGUUUUUGGAACUGGCCAAGUAUUACCCUCAAUGACGGUUGAGGAAUAUUUGGAUUAUGAAUUAGCUAAUGGGAAAAUGAUGAAGGAAGAAGUUAAAGAUGUAAAUAAAGAAUCUGAUUACGAAAGUGAUGAAGAUGAUGAAGCACAGUUGGAAAAGAGGCGGUGGGACGAUUGGAAAGAUGAAAAUCCCAAAGGUGCCGGUAACAUGAAGGCAAAUAUUGGAUAA